AUGGCAAACAAGACAAGUGACCAAUCAGCACACACUGUUUCCAUCCUUAAGACAGAUAUUACCGGAAAUACCACCAAAACCGAUAGCAGCAGCAGCAACAACAACAACAACUACUACUGCAAUAAUCACAAUGCGUCUGCGAAGGCAAGAGAAGAUGCUAAUAAGGAGAACAUACCCCAUUUAGAAGAGGAGAUCGCGGCCUUUCAAAUCUUCAAGAAAAAGAAUACUUCAACCUCGAAAUCAUCACAUACUAGUAGCAACUUUAUAAAAAAGGCAAUAUUCAAGAAGGACCUCCUGAAACAGGACUCGAAGAAGAAACUCCAGCUACAGCAGAGGUUUGCGUCACCGACCGACAGACUAGUAUCACCAUGCUCACUUAAGCUGAAUGAGCACAAAGUGAAGAUGUUUGGGAAGAAGCAAAAGGUAAAUCCGAUGAAACUUGACUUCAAGGGUCAUUUUGCGGCUGAUUCAGAAGACGUAGAAAUUGAUGAGGAUGAGGAGUUCUUUUACUAG